AUCUCGAGAAUCUCGUGUACAUAUGUACAUGUCGUAAGUACACUCGUACAUCACAGAAACAAAACAAUAAGCACGUACGUACAGUGCUAUUCGUGUACAGUGUCAAUGGUCAAUGGUCUUAAGCGGUUCCGGUUUCCACAGCUUUUCUCGGUUCAUCAUGUUGUUCAUUUAUCAACCUUAACCGGUUUUUAGGGUGACUAAGAUGUGCUAAACUGCUAAUGCACAGAGACGGAAGAGUAACGCUAAACACGUACCGGAUGUCAUACCGGAAGUUGAAUGCGCCUUUUACUGCUAGACUUCAAUCAGAAAGAAUCAGAAAGAAUUUUUCCGAGUCAGCGUUUAUAAGGCGGCUGCAGAGCGUUCAAUCUGUUAGAGAAUGGCAGCCGCAAAUCUGUGCUGUUUAUCUGAGUUGAGAGCAAUGCUUGGGUUUAUAGUUCUGAUUGCUCUUGGCGCCGGUUGCGUGGACGGACUCGACUACGUCAUCCUGGGAUUGGGCGGCGUUAAACCCGGCAGCGCGUUUCCCGUCUCUAUUUGGUUUAUCAUGCCACAUCGAAUGUUAAGAUUGACAUGGCCCUAGUCGGACAACGACGCAUCGACCAGUUGGUGUUUUCCUCGUCGGCCUUUAUCCAGCCUGAACGUGUUACCAGACUUGAAAUUCAUGUGGGUGAUCUAUCCAGUUUGACAGCCGAUAAUAUGGCGCUAUACAUUACCGGAGCUGACUCUUCGGCUGCUUUUUCCGCCGCAUAUCCAGGAAUUUUCUGGAACAAUGCAAUGUGGAAAUGGGAAGACGACCGGCAGGCACUGUUUCCGCAAAUUCUCAUCCAGACCGAGCAGCCGCAAUACCAUGCAAAAGACACAGUAGGCUUCCACGUCGUAUCCACGAGAAGGGCGGUAGAUCGGCUACAGCCGAUAAUUGUGCCGUUCAACGUCCAGAUUGUGGAUCCGCUAGAAAACGUGGUUAAAGAGUUUAGCAACCCUAACGGCUCCGAAGUUACUGGUUAUUUUGCCGGCGAGAUGGCGUUAUCCACGGAUCCACUUUUGGGCAAGUGGACGGUUCGCGUAGUAAAUGCAUCCGUUGGUGAAUAUCCAGCUCCGGAAACGAAUACACCAACACGAUUUGCCCGUUGUAUCUUCGGAUGCUUGUCCCCUUACAACAUGGGUCCCGUUCUGGCCAGCAGACAGUUCUCGGUUUCUGAAUCCAUUACACCGCGAUUCGAAGUCAGGAUCAUUAACGCUAAGGAAAAUAUCGUUCCAUCGGUGGAUGACGAAAUCUGUUUCAAUGUGUCCGCAAACUACAAAUGCCCCCAUUCCCGCGGAACGUGAUGGAUUCCUCUCCCAACUGACGGAGAUGGACGCCUCCCCGCGCCGGAUGCCUCCCAAACUGGACGGAGAUGCCGCGGAGCGAGAAACGCCUCCUGCGAUGCCGUGGAGCGAGAAUUGCCUCCUGCGAUGCCGACGGCGAACGCGACCCGGACCAGCGGGAAACCAGAACGGAUACACCGCCAACAGCAGCACCAACUCCGAUCCCAACGGCACGGAUCGACCACCAGCAUCACGCCGAAGAAUUCCCCCACCAUAACACUGCCCGAACUUCCUGGGACGGCGACCUCCCCCCGGACGGAGCAGUGGAUUUCACCGCGGAUUUGCGUGCGUGUCACUUCGUGACCGAAACAUUUCAUGACCAAGUCGGAACUUCUAUUCCGCACUUAAAGAAAAGUUAAGUUUUGUAGAUGUUAAGUUUUGUAGAUGAUGUCGACAAGCUCCGACAAGAGCAACUACAUGUGGAGUGACUCGAUCUUUGCACUUGGUUCGCGCGUUACGGCCACUGUGCCCAUUAGUGAAUCCGUCCCGGGAUUAUCAUACAAGGCAAUCAAACGUUGGAGAUUGUUUCGUUUAUGUAGAACAAAAUUAACGCUUUAAUAUUCUACGUUGAGGUUGGCCAUAUGACCUUGGGGCAGAUUUUCCUCGAGUUAAAUUUUACCGGUGAAUGAGUACUAUGCAGGUAUCCGGGUACUCCGGCGCAGAUAUCCUGUUGAGACCCAAAACGCAAUCCGCCUCUGCAUUCAAAUAUUUCUUGCUGUUUGCAAAUAAGUAGUUCAUAUGCAGAUAGUCUGAGAUAAAGCAGCAUAACGUCAAAAACGGCAAGCCAAGCACAAUGCAACGCGAUCAUAUCCUUAUUAUUGCUGCUGAUAAUUACUGCGAUAUAGGCAAAAGUAAAAAAUAAAUUACGACGAAAAAGAUAUCGGGAGACGGCUAAGCGAUCACAGUUAAUGUUUACUUGAUCCUGUGGCUGGUUUAGAUGAUCAUCAAGAAGCUACAGGUAUGUGAAAAGGGUCUUUACUCUUUAUACAACGUGGUUGCCAAAAAAAUAGCACAACUGUAAUUUUUUUAUCUAAAUUGCUUUUGUGGUAUGGAUGGUUUAUGUCGGCGUUCAUAUCGGUUUAUAUGCGACAUUAAUACGCCACAAUUCUUAGCGUAUAAUAAUGCACGAUUUCAACAAAAAGAUUAAUAUUGGUUUUUUUACGUGUUUUAUAUAAAUUUCUGAAAUUUGCAGCGGCUAAAACGGAUAAUUUUGUCUAGGGUUUGUCUGCUCAACGAUUAGACUAAAUUAAACCAAACUACGAAUUCAAAAUGUUGCUGUCGGUCAUGAAGUGUUACGGUUGUGAAAAGUUCUGGUCAUGAAAUGUUGUGGUUGCGAAAUGUUGUGGUCAUGAAACGUUACGGUUGUGAAAUGUUGCGGUCAUGAAAUGUUACGGUCAUGAAAUGUACGUUGUGAAACGUUACGUUGUGAAAUGUCGAGUUAUGAAAUGUCGUGUAACGGAUAGGUCACCCACAAAUGUAAGUCACGCA